AUGGCGUCGUACUCGACCGGCGGGAACUUCCCACAGCCGCCGCAGCGCGACUCAUGGUUUGCGCCUCUAUCGGUCGACAUGCUGGUUCGGGUGCUCAGCGUGACCGUGUUUCACCCGUUUGUCACUGCGCUGGUACCGCUGUGCUUGCGGGCGCGCGCCAUGCUUUGGGACGCGCCGACGAUGCUGGCGGCGUUUGCGUGGGCGGCUUUCGUGUCGCUACUGUGGGUGGCAUCGGCGGUGAACCGGCGCAUUGCUCACGGUGUCCCGCGCCAAGUCGAUCUCGGCGAGGAGGUCAUUGUCAUCACCGGCGGCGCCAGCGGUCUGGGCAUGUUGGUGGCCGAGGUCUACGGCAUGCGCGGCGCCACGGUGGCUGUUCUCGACGUCAAUGACAUGGAAAAUGGCGAGGCUCGCGGCGUUACCGCGUACAAGUGCGAUGUGAGCGACUACAAGCAAGUUGCAGCGACGGCGCUCAAGAUUGAGGAAGAGCUCGGAACGCCUACGGUGCUCAUCAACAAUGCCGCCAUUGUAGUUGGUAAAUCGCUCCUCGACCUCUCCGUUGACGAAAUCGACCGCAGCCUGUCGACGAACCUUCUUGGCCCCUUUUACUGCCUCAAGGCGUUUCUGCCCGCCAUCAUCCGCAGCGGCAACGGCGGCACCGUUGUCAACAUCUCGUCCGUCAUUGGCCACCUGGGCGCUGCACAGCUCAGCGACUACGCCGCGGCCAAGGCUGGUCUGUCGGCCAUGCACCGGUCUGUGGCCGCCGAGCUGCGCGAGUCGCACCCGGAGAUCAAGACUGUGCUCAUCACGCCCGGCCAGCUGAGCACGCCGCUGUUUUACGGAGUGCAGACGCCCAGCAGCUUCAUUGCGCCCGUCGUCGAGCCCGUCGAGGUCGCCAAGGAGAUUGUGGCGGCAAUUGACCAGGGCAAAGGCGCGACGACGGGCAUGCCGCUGUACGCGCGCUGGGUCGACUGGUACUCGGUGCUGCCCGCGGGCGUGCAGGUGCUGGCGAGAAAGAUUUCGGGCGUGGACCGGGGGAUGCGGACCUAUAUCGGGAGAAACGGCUCUACCGAGGACAAGAAGCAGAGAUAA